ACUGACGCGCACGACGUCUCUCCUCUAUUGUUAUUGUGGCGUGCGCGAGGGGAACAGACAGGAUGCACGAGGAGACAGUAGGGCUGAUAAAAGGAUAAAACAACCGAGAAACAUCAAGCUAGCGCUGUACAACGUAUGAGAAAUUAACAGCAGCUCGUUACGUUACAGGAAUGUAUUAAACAUUCGCCCUGUAAACGCAGAGCAACACAUAGGUAAUACAAAGGAGUAUUACCACAGAUAGCAGCUCUAGUCAACACAUACAAUAGGAACAGCUAUCCGAGUACAACAGCGAUCUUUCUGUCCAACUUCUUCUCCUCACUCUGGCUGAUGUGGACUGAUUCAGAGCUGGGACAUCAUGAUGCCAGUGAACUUUCUGGUCAUUCAUUGGCUGACCAACUUAAUACCAGCAGCAUCAUGUCAGUGAACCCUCCAAGCAGCAAUGACGCCUGCCUCAGCAUCGUCCACAGCUUAAUGUGCCACCGGCAGGGCGGAGAGAAUGAGGGCUUUGCCAAGCGGGCCAUUGAGAGCCUGGUGAAAAAGCUGAAGGAGAAGAAGGACGAGCUGGACUCGCUCAUCACUGCCAUCACCACCAAUGGUGUCCAUCCCAGCAAGUGUGUCACCAUCCAGAGGACGCUGGACGGACGGCUGCAGGUGGCAGGAAGGAAAGGUUUUCCUCACGUCAUUUAUGCACGGCUGUGGCGCUGGCCUGACCUCCACAAAAAUGAACUCAAGCAUGUCAAGUUCUGCCAAUACGCCUUUGACCUGAAGUACGACAAUGUAUGUGUCAACCCCUACCAUUAUGAGAGGGUGGUGUCACCCGGCAUCGUUGGUCUCAGCCUUCAAAAUACAGCAGCACCAGGUGGCCUGAUCAAAGAGGAAUACAUUCAUGACUGUAUACAGAUGGAACUCCCACCUGGCAUGCCUCUGUCUGAUCACCAAGCGGCCCUGAAACUUCCUCCUCCAGACCACUAUGGCCAGCCCUUGCCUCCCCCACAGUUGUCCUCUGAGCCCCAUGGACCCCCACCUGUCACCAGAUACACUAACCUGCCUGUCUCACCCAAAGUGUCUGGCUCCAGCUCUUUGCUACCCCUGCAGGGCGGUCACGGUGACGGCCGUCUCCAAACUGCAUCUCCACAAGCUCAAAUUAUGACCCCGGCAACACGGCCUCCGACCCCAACCCAACCCCUUCCUCAGCAACAGGCUGCCCAGCAACCCUCACAACCCCCCCACCCACAACAACCCUCCAUACCUCCUUCUCACUCGCAUGGACAGAACGGAUACAGCAGCAAUAAACACUCUCAGAGCCAGGCUGCCUUCCACACAGUUUGGACAGGCAGCAGCACAGCCUCCUACACUCCCAUUGGACCGCAGCAGAACGGCCGUGGUCACCAACAACCUCCCCUCCAUCAUCCAAACCACCACUGGUCUCAGCAUCAUGGCUCAACUUCUUUCCCUCCUUCUGUGUCCAACCAUCCAGGACCAGAGUUUUGGUGCUCUAUCUCCUACUUUGAAAUGGACGUUCAGGUGGGUGAGAUGUUCAAGGUGCCCUCCAGCUGCCCUGUAGUAACCGUGGAUGGCUACGUUGACCCGUCAGGUGGCGAUCGCUUUUGCCUGGGCCAGCUGAGUAAUGUCCACCGCACAGAUGCAAGUGAGAGAGCCAGGUUGCACAUAGGUAAGGGUGUGCAGCUGGAGUGUCGUGGUGAGGGCGAUGUGUGGAUGCGCUGUAUGAGCGACCACGCUGUGUUUGUACAGAGCUACUACCUCGACAGGGAGGCAGGCCGAGCACCAGGUGAUGCUGUGCACAAGAUCUAUCCUGGAGCCUACAUCAAGGUGUUUGACCUGCGACAGUGCCACAGACAGAUGCAGCAGCAGGCAGCGACCGCUCAGGCUGCUGCUGCUGCACAGGCAGCUGCUGUGGCAGGAAAUAUUCCAGGUCCAGGCAGCGUCGGAGGCAUUGCACCUGCAGUUAGUCUGUCUGCAGCGGCUGGGAUCGGUGUGGAUGACCUGAGGCGUCUGUGCAUCCUGCGGCUCAGCUUCGUGAAGGGCUGGGGGCCCGACUACCCCCGGCAGAGCAUCAAACACACGCCCUGCUGGGUGGAGGUCCACUUGCACCGCGCUCUGCAGCUUCUGGAUGAGGUGUUGCACACUAUGCCAUUGGCAGAUCCAGGGCCUGCUAACUAAGGACCAAGACCAUGUUGAAAUUCCAAUCUGGAUUCUAUGAAUGUGUGCAGACAGACAGACAUGUUGCCAAAUAUGCUAUAUAAUUAAUACACAAAGCAAAUCAAUGAAAAAUACACAGGAAACAACAGAUCAUGCUUGUAACAAUCAAUGCACACACACACACACACACACACACACACACACACACACACACACACUACAACCAAAAUGUCUGUAGCCAAACAGACAUCAAAGUGCUGAUGUUUUUCCUAAUGCUUUAAUCUAAAGUCCAGGACAAGGGAGUCGGAGCUCUGAAGGUAAAUAUUCUGAUCAACUUGUCUCUGACUGAAAGACGUUUGUAUGCACUGCAGAAAUCCAGGGAUGUGUUUCAGAAAUCCAGUUCCCCUAUAUGCAAUUUGGAUUUCUAAUUGUAGGUGCACAUUCAUUCACACACACAGACAUGUAAAAAGUUAUACAGGAGUGAAAAACACUCACACAGUGAAAAAGAACUGCAACUGGAAAAUGCUGUUAGUAAAUUCAAACAGCAUUACAGUUCUCUUUAUGUCUUAUCAAAAACAGAACUGAUGUAGAAGUGUGAAUUAAGGAAAGCAGUGUUAUGUCAUCUCUGUGCUUGUACUGUGCUGUGCUCUUCACUGUACGUUGAUUGAAACUCAAACUGUUAGCAUUGAUAUCUGGUUAGCCCUGCUAUUACGCUCAGCUCAAGUUAUUUUAUUUUUGUACCAAAAGACUAAAAAGCCAAAAAUAUUGA